GGAACCAUGGAGUGUAUCCUGACAGCUUCCAUUGUUGGAGUUUUGUUUGCCCUCUUCGCUGGGCAGCCACUGAACAUUCUGGGAAGCACUGGUCCCAUGUUGGUGUUGGAGAUGAUUCUCUACAACUUUUGCAAAGAACAAGAACUGGAUUUCCUACCGUUCAGAGCAUGGAUUGGGUUGUGGACUGCUUUUCUUCUGUUGUUGAUAGUAGCCUUUGACCUUUCUGCCUUAGUGAGAUACAUCACGAGAUUCACAGAGGAGAGCUUUGCCUGCCUCAUCGCUGUCAUAUUUAUUGCUGAAGCUUUCAAGAAACUUUUGGGAAUACUUGAUGAAGCUCCUGUGAACACCAACCCUGAAGCAGUUCUCAAUUAUACUUGUGAAUGUUUCCCGCCAAAUACAACUUCUGUGAACUGGACCUCUGUCGGCACUUACAAUGAAACUCAUUUUCUGCCAUAUCUGAUUGGCUAUGAUGAUUCCAACACUAAUUUAUCAGCCUACAAUCAGACAUGGAAUUUUGAGGAUCUGUCCUCAUCAUUUGUUAAUUGGAGCAGAAUUCCAGCCAAUGAAUGUGCACUGUUUAGUGGAUUCCCCAUAACCAUUGGCUGCGACACUCCCCACUAUGUCGCAGAUGCCUUCUUCCUGUCAGUGUUGCUAUUUUUGGGAACUUUCAUCAUUGCAACUGGCCUUUCAAAUGCCAAGACCAGCGCUUUCUUCCCUACCUACGUUCGUCAGACGAUGAGUGACUUUGCUGUCUUGAUUGCAAUCGUCAGCAUGGUGUUAGCUGAUUAUUUCAUCAGCGUUCCCACUCCUAAACUGCAAGUGCCAACUAAAUUCAAGCCAACGCGAGAUGACCGUGGAUGGUUCGUCAACCCUAUCAGCGACAAAAACCCAGUCUGGCUGAUCUUUGCUGCUGUGUUGCCUGCUCUUCUGGCAGUGAUUCUGAUCUUCAUGGACCAGCAGAUCACUGCAGUCAUUGUCAACAGAAAGGAGAACAAGCUGAUGAAAGGAAAUGGCUACCACUUGGACAUGUUUGUUGUGGCUAUUUGCAUCGCCAUCUGUUCGCUGCUCGGUCUGCCUUGGUAUGUGGCCGCCACUGUUUCAGCAAUUGCCCAUAUCAUGAGCUUGAAGAAGGAGUCUGCAUGCACAGCUCCUGGGGAGAGACCCACAUUUCUGGGAGUCAGAGAGCAGAGAGUGACUGCCCUUUUGGUGGGAAUACUGAGUGGUGCGUCCGUGCUGUUUACUACUGUUCUUCAGUUCAUCCCUAUGGCGGUUUUGUAUGGUGUGUUUUUAUACAUGGGUAUUGCAGCCCUGAAAGGCAUGCAGUUCGUCGACAGACUUCUGCUGAUACUGAAACCAGCAAAAUAUCAGCCUGAUUACACUUAUCUGCGACAUGUGCCCAUCAAGAGAGUGCACAUCUUCACUGCCAUACAGCUUGUCUGUCUGGCUGUUCUGUGGGUCAUCAAGAGCAUUAAAUCUUUAUCAAUUAUCUUUCCAAUAAUGGUCCUCGGAACAUGUUUUGUUCGCAAGGCUAUGGAUUACAUCUUCACCCAAAGAGAGUUAAAAUGGCUGGACGAUCUGAUGCCAGAGGCUGCUAAAAAAGCCAAGGAAGAUCAGAAUCAGCUGGAAGACGAUGAUGAGGAGGAUGAAGCUCUGCUCCGUGAAAACUACGACAAGUUAAUGGUUCUCGGAGAAGGCAAAUUUAACAAGGGAAACUACAGACGAGGAUCCAUUGACACGCCAGUGAACAUCAGCGAAGAAAUGGCCAGGACAGGGAUAUGGCUGCAGCUGCGAAGAGAUUCAAAAGUUCAAAUUGAUUCUGAUGAUGGACUUCAUAAUCGCAGCAAGAAGAGACACCAUGAAAAGGUGAAUGGACGUGACUCGUCCAACAAAGACCAAGAAGAAACAAGUGCCUUAAAUGGGGAAACAAAGAAAACUACCUUUUAUAUGGGAGACGAGGAAAAAGCCUAG